AUGAAUGACUAUAUUCAAGCAUUUAAUAAUGGUUUAAAUUAUUUACCAGAUAAUUGUGAUUUAACUGGUCUUUAUUGUCGUUUAACAAAAGGUAUAACUGAUGAUGAUUUUUCUCGUUUAUCACAAGAUCCAACUAAACGUCUUGCAUGGGUAUAUGAUCAUGAAACACUUCGUAGUCUACUUGGUAUGUCUCAUCUUGAGAUGUUAAUUCAUUCAGGACAUACAAUAGAAUGGAUUCGUCAUCAAUUAGAAGGAAAUAAAAAAUUUAAAUUAAUUAUUUUUUCUGUUCCAUCCGAUGAAGUUAAAUUAGCUACAUGGGAUAAUUUAUUUGAAAUUUUAUCAAUAGGUUAUCCGGAAAUUGAUUCAAAUACUUGGUAUCGUUAUUCAAAUCAAUUAAAACAAAUGACAUUUAAAGAAAUUGAUCCAGAAGGAAUCAUUGUUAGAAAUUAUUAUUUAGGACCAACGUCUGAUGGACAUAUGCAUACAGAUCGAUUUUUAAGUUUAAAAGAGCAACCAACAUUAUUACAAGUUAGAGCUUUUUUACAUCAUCAGAUUGGUUUGAAUGAAUUAUAUGGAGGCGAUGGAAAAACUAUAACACAUCUUGGAGAUGUAGUAGAUAAAGAAUAUAUAACUGUAAAUCGACCUUUAAAUGAAUUGAAACAAUGUGCUAUAUUAGAUCUAAACCCUAUUCUUCCAUAA